GGGGGGGGGGGCCGGCACAGUCACACGGCGUCGUCAGAAUUGGGCCCUUUCGAUCGCUAUUGAUCCCGGGACUGUCAAAAUUAAAACGUGAACUGAGCCUCGUAUUUAGCAGGUGUGUCUCGGUAAAUAAAGUGCAUUUAUUCGGGUCUGUGUGCUCCUGAGAGUCUCGUUCGGCUCGAGUAUUUGUGUGUACUUAAUAAUCGGUGUGUUGUCUAAACAGGAUUUACGCUUUGGACUUGAAACGGAUUAACUCCACAAGUUGAACAGUUUUGUGUUUAGGACAGCCUCGUGUUAGCGAAUGACGACUGGAAGUCACUAACCCUGACCCCCCGUUGAAGUGUUGGAAGGAGACCCAUACACCAGUUUGUGUGUUUUCAAUGUUAAUCCACCUUGGAACUGGCAGUGCAUCGCCUUCGUCAUCAGUAACCUCGUCUCUGUUGUAAAUCCAUUGCACUCACCGUCACGCGCGCCGCUCGCUCGACUGAUCCAGUUGUUCUUUUCACUUCAUUAUUGUCAUUUGUUUGAAUAUCGCCCGCCCCCCUUUCCCCCCACGCUCGUGUGGGGCGGUAGAUGUUGUUUUGUUACUGCGGUAUUCGCGCCGCACGUGUGCUGUAAAGUGGAUUUGGAAUAGAGCUGAAUAAAGCCGUCCCAAGUUGUCGUCAACCAAGGACAGCAUCGUUCUGCGUUAAGGCUCGCGUGACCGCCGGAUUAAAUACGCUGAAGUUUUGUUGGUAGAGCGUGGUGGCGGCGGUGCCAUCAACAGGCGACAUCAGCAGCAGCAGCAGCAGCUCCAUCACAAGAAGGCAGGAACAAAAAGUGUGUCCUCCCCAGCACUUGUUGAGGAGACGGCGAGGGGCUAAUCGGCCGUCAUUAUCGCAGCCAUCCCGGCCGGUAGUCUAAGCACCGCGCGCUUACUCCGCACACCGUCCACCAUUGCGGUCCAUUCCUACCGACGGCUGAGGAUGCACCCCUACUACUACGUCCAGUACGUGCCCAUCUCCUUGAAACAGGACUUGGAGAUGAAGGUGAAUUGGGCAGCGUCUCCAAGUACGGCACCGAAACAGGACACUAGCAGUUAUCAUCGACCAGAUUGGAAGAAUGGCGUCAAAGAACAUUUUCAUGUUUUUGUAGGGGACCUCAGUGCAGACAUUGAACAGCAUCAGUUGAGGGAUGCCUUCGCUGCCUAUGGAGAGAUCUCAGAUUGUAAAAUCAUACGUGACCCAGCCACAAUGAAAUCCAGAGGUUAUGGCUUUGUCUCAUAUGUAAAUAAACAGGAUGCAGAGGCUGCCAUAAACCAGAUGAAUAAUCAGUGGUUAGGAACUCGGCCAAUACGAACCAAUUGGGCUACAAGAAAGCCACCGGCACCUGUAGUCAAAGAAAAUGCUAAGCCAUUGAUUUAUGAUGAAGUAUUUGGCCAAUCCAGUCCAACUAAUUGUACAGUCUACUGUGGAGGUGUUACUACUGGCCUGACAGAGGAACUAAUGAGGAAAACAUUUGCACCUUAUGGCACCAUUCAAGAAGUGAGAGUUUUUAAAGACAAGGGUUAUGCCUUUAUAAGGUUCAGCUCAAAAGAAGCAGCCACACAGGCCAUCUGUGCCGUCCAUGGUACCACUGUCAGUGAUCAACCGGUCAAAUGCUCUUGGGGCAAAGAGUCCAAUGACUCCAAUCCUUCCAGUCAACAGUCAACAUCCAGCAGUCCUCCAGUAGUUAUGCUACCCUCACAGCAGCAACAGCCUAUUGCAGCCACGCCAGCUGCUAAUCCCUAUGGCCAAUUCUAUAACAUGGGAUAUUACCAGGGCACUCCAUAUGCAGCCACUGCCCCCACAUACCAGGGCACCGUACCUGCGCAGGCCACCCAAUACAUUCCUGCUGCACAUGGCCAGUGGCCAGGGUACUCAAGCUAUCAAGCCUAUGGGAGCAUGAAUAUCCCCAUGAGCCAAUAUGCAGGCAUCCAGGUCCAGCCUGGUCAACAGCAACAGUUCACUGGACAAGGCCAGGGCAUGGUCGGCUACCCCAUGGCGCAGGGAGAUAGUGACAAUUAUGAUGAAUCAGAUUCCUAUGUUGAAGGAUGAUGAUGGCGGUUGCCUUUUGUUAAACCAUAGGUAUUAUAGGCUUUCAGCCGGCCCAGUAACCUUUAUUUAAAAUUGUAGAUGAAACAUUGGACAGGAGACCACAAUCAAGUUUUUUUUUUUUUUUUUAAAUAAAUGAAGAGAAAGAAAAUUUAAAUACCAGAAGAAAUAUCAAGACUCACAUCAACUAGGCAUGGACAUGUUCCCACAGUGCAGAAACCUGUUGAGACUAGUGAAGACAUUAUGUGUAUGGUGUAGUGAACAAGUGUUUCUGAAUGCCAUUCCAAGACUCAUACACCUAGAAACUGCUGCCAUGAGACUUUAUCAUUCACAUGGUCUUGUGUUUUGGCAUUCAAGUGACCAACAUAGUAGUUAGUAGUGUUUGUUGGUUUCAUCCCCUCCCUCCCCCCCACCUACCCCCCCCCCCCCCCCUGCCUCCCCCCUUUUUUUUUCCUUCUCAGACAAACUAUGCUCAUUGGAUAUGUGUCAGAAUGUGUUUGAUCCAUGUUACUAUUAUCAUUACAAAUGUUGACUGUGAGGCUUAUUACAUAAUUAAUUGUUCAAAUGUCUGUCCUAAUUGUGUCUCUUGUUUAUACACACAUAUAUAUAUAAAUAUAUUAUAAAUGAAAAACAUUUCUUUGUCAAAUGUACAUUAAAGAUUGUGUCCACUGGGAAGGAAAAAAAACUGUAUUAGCUGACUGUGUACUAAGUUAGUGUCUUGUUUUGUUCAAUUGCUAAUGAAAGGGGGACAAAAAACUACAAAGAUAGAAACCAAUUUAAAACUGUUUCUGCUUGCUGAUGCUGUAUUCAAUGUAGCAAGCACAGGAAUCGUGGUUUGGUUUUGUUGUUAUUUACAUUGAUUCUAUUGUGAAUGUUGUAUCCAAUUCCUAAGUUGGAAAGGUAGACUACUAGAAUGUAUUGUCUAAUUAAGUUGUAGGUCUGUGGUCAUUCCUUUAGCUCUUAGAUUUAUGUUCUUGCAUGGUGGUCUCCAGACAGAUGAGAGAGAGUGUGUGACGAAUGCUUUGUACAGAAAGUAGGAUCACUGAAGUCUUUAAUUAUACCCAGUGGUCAGACCUUUUGAGAAUUUCCUCCAUUCUUCAACUGUAACUUUAUUGAGCUGUUCAUGUCGAAGUGAAUAUGUACCCUUGAAUAAAUUGUUUCUUAUUCAUUGAUAGACCAACAUUGAUUUGAGUCUCAAGUUUGUAAGUUCUAAUUACAUUUUUUUUUUGUAACAAAUUUUUGAAAAGAAAAAAAAAACAACAGACUCAAAUUUGUAUUGUUUCCUUCUGGAAUAGUUCAAGCUCUUAAUGUCAUUGUGUAUGUCAUAAGGCAGUUCCAAGUUGACCAAGUGUUUUUUGUUUUAAUCAACUUAGAAGAGGAAAUUCUCAAAAUUAUCUAUUUUAUAAAAAUAAAAAAAAAAUGUGAAAAAAAAAAAAAUGGUUUUGGGCUGUUACUGUUACUAUUCUAUGCCUAUGUGUCUGUGCAGGAUGGAUUGAAGUGAGUCUCUAUGUUUUGUGUAAUGUUGAUGCCUUGAAACCAUUCUCUCAUUAAUGUGUCAUUCUCAAAACCUAUCUGAAAUUUCUCUAACCAGAUAGUUGGCGUUACCGUACCUCCACGGUAGAAUGCUAAAGUUUAGUAGCUGUCCUCACAUUUUGAUGUAGCAAUGCCCUAAUACAAAACCUACAAGUCUGUGAAAAAUUUUAGUGUCUAAAAGAAAUAAUCAAAUGCGAAAUUCUUUAACAGUGUAGAUAACUCUAAAAUUGACUAAUCUGAAUUUGAAAGUCUUUAAUAGAACACCCAAAAUGGUGAUUCCUCUCAGUUAGUGGUUUCUCUGUUCUAUAGUUCCCAGGUCUGGGCUAGCUUUCACACAUCCCCCCAGAAGUAUUUAAUGAAGUGCUUUUAUUAACAAUUAUUGAAAGUGAUCUCAUUGAUUCCACUUAAGUUCCAGCACUUCCCACUAAUGAGGUCCCAUUAUGACAUGGCUAGAGAAAAUCAUCCAGGCCUUGUGUAACAAGAGUUGUCUUCUCAUUGUCAAUGGAUGAAUCUUUCUUCAUGCCCAAGUCUCAUGAGUAGUGAAAUACCUUGCCAUUUGCUGAAGUUCCAAGUAUUGUCAAGUUACUUCCUUGGAGAUGUAGACCUUGGUCUAGCACAUUUUGUCUAGCUGCUAGCACUUUGAUUAUAUGCAACAAUUUGUCUUUUUCUUUAGCUUUGAAAGUUUGUAAUUUCUAAAUGCUCUGUAGGUUUCCACACUGUUAUAUUGUCAUUUAAUAGCAAUCGUGAACUAACAACAGGCCACAUGUGGAAGCUCUAGACUUAGGUACCUCUCCUCAUAGUUCUAAAAGGUGAACCCUUUUUUUUUUUUUUUUCCAUGAGAACAUUAUUGAGGUAUUUGAUCAUGUGUACAUAUGCAGAUAACUUCAUGGCAUGAUGUCAACAUUACAUAUAUCAUGUAGUGGAUAUUAUAUCCAUACCUUUGUCAUCCAUGUAUACACCAUGUGUGAUGGACCCUAGGUCUGUUCCUGUCAUCCAUGUAUCCUUCCCUCUUCUACUCCUCCGUCAUCUCUUUCCAUGCGGCCAUUGAGACACCUCCUCCUCCGACUCAACCCUACAUUCAAAGUACCAUAAGUUUUAUUGUUUUGUGUUAGUUUUGUCCAAAGUUAAAGCCACACACACAUACAAAAAUAUAUGCAGGUACCUGUCUUGGUAUGUUGUCUUUAUGUUAACACCCCUAGUUUGUUUGGCCCCGCCCUCUAGUUCACCACCUCAAAGCUGAUUGGUUCAACUGCUAGGAAGUAGAUGGCCUUUCCCCCUCUUGUUAGAGCCAAUAGAGAGAAUACCUUGGUUAAUUAUUAAUAGCACUGCAAUCACUGGGGGAGUGAACUCCAUGUUGUGUGUAUAGAGUGAUGGGCUCCCUGUCAGUUGUUUUCUUAAGUUAGCCUACUUGCUGUUGAGACUGUGAACUUGCUCUACUAGAUAAAAUAAAGACAUUGAUGGCUGGCAUGAAUGAUAUCUCACCUAUGUUUCAAGCAAGUGAUGAGUAAGGAUCCUAUAAUGUCAUUGUGGUUUUGACAUGGGAAUGUCAUUGUAUAUGUAAAUAAAAAAAAAUCAUUUUUCCACAGUCAA